AAAUGUGCAUGCAUUGGCUAUAGUUGGCACGCCGCUGAUUUUGAUAUCAUAUAGUGUGAAGGAAGACAAAAGCCGGGAAGAAGUACAUAUCCAUAAUUGCGGGAGUAAUUUAUAAUUAGUAUUCUUUAAAAGAAAAACCAAUUUAAAAAUGAGUAAGGCGCAUCCUCCAGAGCUUAAAAAAUACAUGGAUAAAAGAUUAUCAUUAAAACUCAAUGGAGGAAGGCAUGUUAUUGGAAUUUUACGUGGCUUUGAUCCGUUUAUGAACAUGGUUAUAGAUGAAAGUGUCGAAGAAUGCAAAGAUGGUACAAAGAACAAUAUUGGAAUGGUGGUAAUACGUGGAAAUAGUGUAAUAAUGUUAGAGGCUUUAGACAGGAUAUGAAUCGAAAUAUUAAAAAUAUAAAAAUGUAAUAUGUAUUCUUAAGGAAAUAACUAAAUAACUUCUUAUAUCAUACACAAUA